CUUCCAUUAGGCUCUGGCAUUGAAUUUGGACCAUUCUUCGUUUUUGUUAUUUUGUACAUAGCUCCCGGUAUUUUUCCUUUCUCCUCCAUCCUCCGGGAAGUCUUACUUGAUCAUCAAUUCAUCAGACGCAUAUUCCAUCUGGAAAUCAAUUCUGUAUCGGCCAAUCGACAAUUUCACGAAAUCUUUGUGUUCGCGGACAACGGCUAAGGGAGAGUUGGGGAGAAUCGAAAAUGGCGACGCUGACGAGGCAAUUCCAACCGUCCGCCACCGGCACGAGAACCUUAACCAUCACCGUAGACGAUGCAUCUUCGCAGCCUGGAGAUUCUUCACCCGCUUCCUCUCUCCACCGGCCUCCCAGCGAAACCCUAGUUCUCAAAUUGAAGCGGAGGAAGAAGAAGGUGUCGUGGAAGGAAGGCACAGUGGAUAACGAGUUCCUAAACAGGAAAAGCUCUAAGAAGUGCUGCAUUUUCCACAAGGAGAAGCCCUUUGACGAAGACUACAGCGAUGAUGAAGAAGAAAACAAAGGCUGUUGUAAUGAUCAUCACCACAAUCAGGAUCAUGUGAAGAUUGCGGUACCUCAGUAGAUGCAGAGAUCAUUGAUUUAUUGAACUUGUAACCGUAACAAAUUUUAUGGUAUAGCUGAAAAACUCAUGACUUCACGAGUUAUUAAAUUCUUGUGUUUUUCUCUCCUUGAUCAGGUUCGUGGAUUGAGGAUGUGUAAUGUGAUUAUGUAGAAAAUUGGAGUAUGGUUGGAUGAAAAACAGAUGAUGGUGUUAUCCAUUGAUGUUAUGGAGAAUAAUUGAAUGGAUGGACAUGAUAUACUGUUACAGUUAAGGUUUUGGGUCAUGAGGGCGGAACCAGCAGUUCUGCUUUUACUUCCAUUUUUAAAUUGCCACCACAAUAAUCGAUCGAACUACCUAUUAAUAUCUAUUGGCGGUGUCGCCGUGUUAGUUUUUUCAAAAAUGUUCAGAACCUGUAACUAUCCGGAGGGUCGAGUUGGAAUGGGUUUGCGUUACUGUUUCUACAUUUAUGGGACAAGGAACCGUCUGCUUUGGAACUGGUGGGUGUCAACAUCUAUCCUGAAGUACUAAAUAUUGUGAUUUUAUUACCUCUAGCACCGCCAUAGGUGCCGUAAGACGAUGCUGAUGGAAGGGGCCAGCAGUGAAGAAAUGAGGAGUUCAUGGUGAAAGAACACCUGGCCAACAGGUGGGAAAGAGAAGGAGAUGCACAUGAGGUAGAACCACUCGGACUCAGUUAAGUCCUCAGGGGAUAGCGCAGCAGGGGGACGCCGCAUUGCAGCUAGCUGCUGGCCUCCGCCACCACCAUUUGCA